UACGUUUUGUCAACGCUUGUAAUCUGUGGCUGUCGGCCUUGAGGUCUAAAUCUUUUAGCGUCAGAAGUUCUGUGAUACGCAUGGUGUGAGUGAUAAAUUACUUUUGUUAGAGAACGGUUUUUAAUACUCAUACUAAUAAGGGCAGUAUUUGAUUUGAGAUGGCGUUACAAUCUGGAUUGGUGGAUAGCCGUAAAGUACAGACUGGUGCUUACAAAGACAAACGUAAACCAGCGGAAAUUCGCAGCAGUAACAUCAAUGCAGCGAAAGCAGUAGCAGAUGCUAUCCGCACCAGCUUAGGACCUCGGGGAAUGGAUAAGAUGAUUCAGGCUGGAAAUGGAGAAGUAACAAUCACUAAUGAUGGAGCAACAAUUCUAAAACAGAUCAGUGUCACACAUCCAGCAGCAAAAAUGUUGGUUGAACUAUCAAAAGCUCAGGAUAUUGAGGCAGGAGAUGGAACAACAAGUGUUGUGGUGGUUGCGGGAAGUCUCCUGGAAGCUGCAGAGAAACUGCUUCAUCGGGGCAUCCAUCCCACUAUUAUCUCAGAUUCAUUCCAGCAUGCAGCUGCAAAGGCUGUGGAAAUACUUGCUGGAAUGUCCCAACCCAUUGAACUGGCAGACAAAGAGAGUCUCAUCAAGAGUGCCUCCACGGCUCUUAAUUCCAAGGUGGUCUCUCAGCAGUCUAGUCUGCUGGCACCAUUAGCUGUUGAGGCUGUUCUGAAGGUCAUUGAUCCAAUAAAGGAUAAAAAUGUGGACUUGAAGGAUAUCCGAGUCAUCAGGAAACUUGGUGGGACUGUGGAGGACACAGAGUUGGUUGAUGGGCUUGUGUUCACACAGAAAUCUGCAAAUGUCAAUGGACCCAGGAGAGUUGAGAAGGCUAAGAUUGGUCUCAUACAAUUUUGCAUAUCCCCACCCAAGACUGAUAUGGACCAUAAUGUGAUUGUGUCAGACUACGCAGCAAUGGACCGUGUUUUGAAGGAGGAGCGGACAUACAUCUUGAACAUUGUGAAGCAAAUCAAGAAGUCUGGCUGCAAUGUGUUGCUGGUGCAGAAGUCUAUACUCAGAGAUGCUGUGAGUGACCUAGCAAUUCACUUUCUGGAUAAAAUCAAAGUAAUGGUAGUGAAGGACAUUGAGAGGGAAGAUAUAGAAUUUGUUACUAAGACUUUGGGUUGUCGGCCCAUUGCAAGUUUGGACCAUUUUCUGCCGGAACAUCUCGCCAAUGCUGAACUGGUGGCAGAGGUGCAAACAGGAAACAGCAAGUUUGUCAAAGUGACAGGAAUACAGAACCCAGGACGCACAGUGACUGUCCUUGUUCGUGGCAGCAACAAGUUGGUACUGGAGGAGGCUGAGCGGUCUCUGCAUGAUGCUCUGUGUGUGGUGCGAUGUCUUGUUAAACAAAGAGCAUUGAUUGCAGGGGGUGGUGCUCCAGAAACAGAACUGGGACUCAAGCUUGCACAGUAUGCACAGACCAUUACUGGUGUGGAUGCGUACUGCUUCAGAGCCUUUGCCAAUGCCCUAGAAGUGAUCCCCUCUACACUGGCAGAGAAUGCAGGACUCAAUCCAAUAGCCACUGUGACAGAACUGCGUAACCGGCAUGCCCAGGGGGAAAUCAAUGCUGGCAUCAAUGUGAGAAAGGGAGCAAUAACUAAUAUCCUGGAAGAGAAUGUAGUUCAACCUUUGCUGGUUUCAACUAGCGCAAUCACCCUGGCAUCUGAAACUGUUCGCAGUAUCCUCAAGAUUGAUGAUAUUGUUAAUGCUAUUCAAUAAAUACAUUCAGUGAAGCAGCUUAAGGUUAUCAGCAACCAUUACUGCAACUUUAAUUUAAAUGCGGGGUUUAAUUCCGGUUGCCAGAUUAACAGAUGGCUGCAUACCAGAACAAGAUUGACCAAACUUAUUUAACCUGCUACACACAUUUUCUAAUAUUUUUAAUUUCUACUUCAGCAUAAGAAAAAUCCAUGUCACUAAAAUUAUAUAGCAUUCUUUGUUGCUUCUGUAGUUCUUUCAUAACAACAUUAAAUAAAACAGGAAUUUUUCAUUUA